CGCGUAGUAUUUUUUGAUGAGGCACUUAUUUUUAGUGCAUUAUUGUCCGCUCCCAUCGGUGCCUUAUUUUUUAAAUUCUUUAUAAUUGACUUUCUUUCCAAUCUUAUGCCUUUCUUCCAAUUCAUCUUCAUAAUCUACUUACUGUUCUUUAGUCAAUGCUUUUUUUUUCUUUGAAAAAUGCUGUAUGAUUGGUUUAUUUCCAAUCCAACAUCAAGCGUAAACAACCUGAUCAGCGCAACGGGGAGAGUGAUUUAUACGAAGAUGAGGAUUGCAAGAUGAGCGGGGUGAAUCAGAUGAACACAAGCGUCAAGAUAAUGCAACCUGGUCAUCACAACACGUCAAGCUAAAGCAACCCGAUCAGCAAAAUGGAUGUUGCGAUUGUGGAUGAAAACGAGAUUGAUUGGAAGAAGUAUAAAAUAAAACCCAAACCUGUUGCUAAGCCAUGGGCACGACGGUUGUCAGGGCGAUCUACAUUGGCAGUCCUCGGAAGGGAGACGAAGGCACGCCGAGGAGUCGGCAACCUCGGAUGCGCUCUAGGGUAGGCCCGAGCAUACUGAUGGACGGAGGGACGAGAGAGCCCAGCGUCACUACUGGAGCCCCACGAAGACAAAGAGGGCGAAAGGCUCGGAUAAUGAGUAGCUCCAGGCUGCCGUUGCAGCCCACUCCGCCAUUGGCGGGAGCGAGCACGGCACUGGACCUACCGAGGCCCCAGGAGACCCCAUCACCGUGCACGCUGCCACUUCCUAGUUCAAAUGAGAAGAAGACCCAGAGGAACCGGAGAAGGCCUGGAAAGGACCCCGUGUUUGAGGAGGUGUUGGUAGAGGACAUCGUGGAAGGGGAGGAUGACGACUCCAGUGAGUGCCUGGUGUCGGCCUUCAAGCGAUUGGGGGCUGAGGAAACCCUCUUGCCGGCAUUCAAUAGGCUAAACCAUGGGCACGACGGUUGUCAGGGCGAUCUACGCCGGUGGUCCUCAAAAGGCAGACGUAGGCAUGCCGAGGAGUCGGCAAACUCGGAUGCGCUAUCGGGUAGGCCCAAGCAUACUGAUGGACGGAGGGACAAGCGAGCCCAGCGUCACUAUCAGAGCCCCACGAAGACAAAGAGGACGAAAGGCUCGGAUAACAAUAUGUCCCGCCUUGAGCGGGAAGUUUCCGAGCUCAAGCGCCAAGUAGAGACCAAACUACUGCAGGGACUCCAAACUCCGUCACGAGACCUUCCUUGGCCGGAAUCUGGCGAGACCUUCCUUGCUCUCAAACUCCGUCACGUCGACCGCAUCUAUGGCGACGUCUCCCGCCGCGCUAGCAGCUGCGGAGCUGAUUUCAGCAACUCCGUCAUCCUCGAGCUCUCUCAGAUCUAUGGGGAUGAGGUGACAGUGAAUGGACUACAUGGCGAUGAUAGACUAAACAUCGGUGGUGGGAGCUGAGUUGGCGGUGGAUCUAUGGGGUUCUAGGGCAGUGAGGGGUUAGGGCAGGGUUACAAGGGUAUUUUGGACAUUUCCUUCUUAAAAUCAAUUCUCACUAAAAAUGAGGAAAAGUCAAAGUAAGAAGUUUAUUACCGGACGGAGGGAGUAUUAUAUUGGUAUAGAAAUAAAAUAAAAUUUUCAUAUCAAAAAACUACAUGAAAAGUUCUUUGAAAUAAGAGGUGCCAAGAAUAUUUUAUUUUAUCAAAUAACCAAUGAAAACUGCAAAAUAAACAAAAGUUCCCGCGAUUGAAAAAGCAAAUGUUGUGAAUAUUUAAGAACAGAUAGAGUACUUUUUAAAACAUAAGGGGUUUUUGGCUUAACCCAUUAUAACAAUUACUCCCUCUGUCCCCCUGUAUUUGUCCACUUUCAUUUUUACACACCAUCCAAUGCACUUCUUUAAUCCAUUUUAUCUUAUAAUUUAUAUAUUAAAAAAUUAUAAAAAUUAUAUAUUAAUAAUCUAUAUGUUAAGACAAAUCAAACAAGAUCACACAUGAUUAUAUUUAGGCUUGCACAUUGAGAGAAUUUGGACAAAUACAGGGGACCGAGGGAGUAAUAAAAGGAGAGAAGAGGGAUGUGAAUAGCCAACCUUAAUUAAGUUGUCUCGUCCGUUCACGCUAUAUAUAAAGCCAAGAGGUUGUUGGAUCAAACGCACUACAACUCUCAUCUUCUCCUCUCUCCGAUUAUGGGCAUCUCCAACCAUGCUUGUUAGGUUUUUCCUCCAUUCUCCAACCAUGCUUGCUAAAUUUUAACCAAGAAUAGAUUUUUCUAGUGUCUCUCUCUAUUCUCAUGAUGAGAUUACUUUUUUGGACCUUUGAUUUAAUUUUUUAUUAAUUUUUUUGGCUUGCUAUUAUUUGGGUGGCAUGCUAUGUUUAGCAAGUCAAUUUUACUUUUUGACUAGUGUCCUAUAAUAUACAUAGACUCACUUGCUAUUAUAUAAGUUUUAGCAUGUCAUAUUGAUAAGGUUGGAGAUGCUCUUUCUUUGACUGUUUGGUAUUCGUUGGAGAUGAUCUUUGUCAUUCUUCUCUCCCUAAGAUCUAUUCAAGAAAUCAAGAUAAAAAAGCUUUGAUUCACAAUAUUAUUUCUCUACUUGAAGCCUUUUGAGGUAUGUUAUCAGUUCUUACUCUAUUCACAAAAUAAUUUUUGUUAAUUUUUUUAACGUUUUUUAUUCAAUACUUUUUUUAAAUAUUUGUUUAAUGGAAUAUAUAUUUUGAAAAUCUGAUUAUAAACUGAAAGUGUUGAUUUUAACUUCUUAUAGAAAAUUAAUGUAACUAUUUUGUAAAUAAGGUUUAAUUUUAAGGUUUUAUUAUGCAAGUCAAAUCUGGAUUUUAAUUUUCGGAUUUGGAUUUAAUUCUUUAUUUAUAUCUAUUUCUCGUCCUUACAAAUUAAAUUUUUUAUAAUUUU